UUUCAGAAUGUAAAUGCAUCGUUCGACAAAAACAAAACACUCGAUGUAGUAAUUUUUGAAGACGCUGAUCUAGAAACAGGCUUCAGUCUGAACCAAGUAUACAAUAUCAGAAAGGCAGACAAUAGUGACUUGUACUUGGUGGUAAUAGCUCGUAAACUAGGAAUUAAAUCUCUUAGAGACCUUGACACAUCAUCUCUUCCACUUCUUAUGAAUAUCUUAGGGAAAGGACAGACAGUCGUAAUGGAUAGAUUUGGAAUAUCUCCAAGUAAGCUUAAUAUGUUUGUCCUGUAUCAGCCACCAUACUAUCAUUUUCAUGUAAUCUUCAAACACGUAGAGCUAGAAGAUCCGCUAUUUACGCCUGAUUCGGCGCACCUGCUCACUGACGUCAUCGAUAACAUAAAGCUGAUGGGAGACUACUACAAGAAGAAAAGCAUAACCUUUGUCAAUACUGAUCAUGAUAUGUACUAAAUAUACAAAAUAGCUGGUUACUUUGCAGAGAAAUUCGUCACCUGCGUCUUCCAUUCUCAACGUUU